AUACAUAUCAAUUGAUAGUCGAUAAUUACAAUAAACUAUUUAAGGAAACAUCGAUUUCACUAAUUUAAUUGAGCAAAAUUAAUUAUUCGCGUAACCUAUAGUUAAAUAAACCUACUAAAAUGCUGUCUACGUUGAAAACAAUAUUCCUGGAAGUUACUAAAAUAGUUUUAAUUCAAUUACAUUUGUUGAUAGAUGUAUUGGUAGAAUUUUUCUUUGGUUUAUAUUAUGAUAAAAGAAUACAAAAAGUUCCACCUGUUAAAAAUAAUUUAUUACUUCAAAGUACGAUACAAAUAGCUCGAAACAUUAGAGAGAAAAAAAUAAGUUCAGAAGAAGUGGUUAAAACGUUUAUCGAACGAUGUAAAGAAGUUAAUGGAUUAUUAAAUGCAAUUGUGGAAGAAAGAUACGAAGAUGCAAUUAAGCAAGCCAAGGAGGUUGAUAACUUUUUAAACAGUGAAAAUUAUAAUAUAACAGAAUUGGAAAAAACGAAGCCUCUGCUAGGAGUACCUUUUACAACUAAAGAAAGCAAUGAAGCGAAAGGAUUGCUUCAUUCUAUGGGUACAUUGAGGCGAAAAGGUCAUCGUUCGUUGGAAGAUGCUACUGUAAUUAAAAAUGUUAAAACAGCUGGGGCAAUAAUUAUUGGUAAAACAAAUAUUCCAGAAUUGAAUCAGUGGGUAGAAUGCAGAAACAAAAUUUAUGGACAAACAAAUAAUCCUUACAAUACGACUAGAACUGUUGGUGGAAGUAGCGGUGGAGACGCCGCAAUAGUUUCUGCAUGUGGUGUUCCAUUUGCAGUUGGCAGUGAUAUUGGUGGUUCCAUUAGAAUACCAGCGUCAUACAAUGGUAUUUAUGGAUUAAAGCCAAGUCAAGGUAUGACUUCGUUAAAAGGCAUAGGAAUGAGACAGGAAGAGCAUCUAGAUUCGAUGGCAGAAGCAGGACCAUUGUGUAAGAGAGCUGAAGAUUUAGAGUUGUUGAUGACAAUUAUGUCAGGUUCACUAUUAAACAAGCCAUUAAAUACUCCGAUUAAUUUGAAAAAUAUUAAUGUUUUCUAUCAAGAGAGCUCCGGAGAUAUUCGAGCGAGCGAACUUAGCUUUGAAACCAAAAAUGCUUUAAAAAAAGCAACAAAGUAUUUAGAAGAACUAUGCGGAUCUGUGACAAAGAUGACUUUGCCUGGCACAGAAUAUAGUUAUCGUCUAUGGCGAUAUUGGAUGACCCAGGAAAAAAUUAAUUUCAAAGAAAAUUUAACAAACAAUACCGGGUGUACAAAUUUUAAAAUAGAAUUUUGUAAAAUAUUAAGUGGAAAUUGUGAAAUCACUUUCGCAGCUUUAUUAAAAUUAUUUGAUUCUGAUGUUUUUCCCAAAGAAAAUGAAGAAUGGGCUAAAAGUAUGACUAAUCUAAUGAAAACUUCUUUAUUAGCAAAAUUAGGAGACAAUGGCAUUUUUAUAUAUCCUUCAUUUAAUUCCGCAAAAUAUCAUUGUGCACUAUUCCUGAGUCCAUUUAGUUUUGGAUAUUGGGCCGUUUUUAAUGUAUUGAAGGUCCCAGUUUGCCAAAUACCUAUGGGUCUAGAUAAAAAUGGUUUACCCAUUGGAAUUCAAAUUGUGGCAGCUCCAAAUAACGAUCAUCUGUGUAUAGCAGUUGCAAAAGAAUUAGAGAAGGAGUUCAAAUGGAUUGAACCGUAAAAUAAAUUCUAAAUUUUCCAUUUGUUUUUU